CAAUGUGCGUACAGUCAGCAUCAAAUCGUUGCGGAAACACGAUUCGCCGUGUAAAUUUUUUAAUUCGUACACUGUCUUCUGUCUAGAUAUAUUAUCGGCGGGUUAACUUCAGUAAAUGUGUACAUAUUUUUCGUUCGUAUAAUAACAAAGUGCGAGAAAAGUUUCAUUGCUAGGGAGUUGAUCGUCGGUCACAUGGCACAGGACAGACAUGCGUAUUAACCAAGGACAUAAAGAUUUUCCAAUUUUUUCUCAUUUUCAUCGGCACUUGUGUCUUCGAUUAUUAUAAGUCAACGCAGUCGAUAGUGUGUGUGUGCGUUAAUAUGUGAUGACAUUCUAAUAUCUUAGUGUUAGUGUACUGAAUGUUAUAUAUAUAUACACACGUGUAAACACAACAGGAGAACUUAAUUGAAUAAUUAGUUUGGAUAUCUUAUUAACUUUAUGCUGCGAAAUUGUGAGAGAACACCCUUCUCUUGUCACUGUUCGGCAUCGACUAAAGUACUGCCGCCACGCAACGCUCUUUAUAUACCACUGUGUAUCGAACAUCAAAGUUCGCGACUAUAUCGUUAUUAGGAUAAAGAGAAUCGCUCCAUAUUCUAUAUCUCUUUUAUUUCUGAAGACUCUGUGAACUAUCUUUCACGUUGAAUUAUCCAUUCCCUCGUCACUUGAACGAAUCUAGACGUCGAAACACAUGUUAUUAGUUGUUGUCAAAUCUCACGUAUGAGUUGAUUUGCGUUUACUUAACGCAAAUUGCUCGUACCAUGGCAUUACACUCCCUUUAUACGAAGAAACAAGACUCUAUAUAAUUAAUAAUAUUAGUCGAGGCAGAUAGAUGGCGACAGCUAUCGGGUAGCUUCUCAGCCCCUUUUUAUCCCGAACAAUAACGAUAUUUCUAGAUAAUGCUUAUUUAACUGUACGACAAUGAAAUGAGAAAGUAUUACAAAUUUUUCAAGCAUCGAAUCUGUAAUUUCGUCUAUAAAGACCUGAUCUUAACAUUUCAGCCAUCGGUAGUAAUGAAAACAGUAACGCGCGCACAGAAUCAAUGCUUCUAAAUGGAGAAAAGUGUCCCGUAUACAUCACACGCACAGUGCAUUUUUUAAACUACAUACAAAAUACUGAGUGACUUGCUGUUCCGUACUACUUAAUUAUAUACAAUGUACAUUGGAGUGAACGCGUCAAGAUUACUCGCGAAAACCGAGCCCGAUAUGGAAUCGAAAUCUAGACAUUCGAGGGGACAAUUUUUCAAAAGUAUCCAAUGUAUGUACGUAUUAGAAACGUCAGAUGGAUUCCUAAAAAUGGAAAGUUAAAGCGGAGCGGAGCGUGUGCGCGCGGAGGGACGAUACUGGCACAUACCUAGCGGUACAGUCCGAGCUGAAAACUGAGCGUACCGCUCUGGUCCGUAGGAUUCGCGGUCGGCUAGACCACGGAAUGCCUAGUGUCCCGUGCAGCUGCAGCCAGACAGCUCGAUGCUACGGCAUGGCCUACUGGGCGGCCUGGAAUCGAAGAUUUACAGACGCCAAGUUCGCGUAAAAUGGCGCUACCCUCGACCGAGAGCACCUUAAUCGACGGCAAAGCUUCGCCGGGGUCCAGAGAUACGCCUGAUCAAAGAACAUGUACGUAGUCAGUGUCAACGGGUACCGCCGUCUACGUAUGUUUAUCUACCCUCGAUGUAUCCCUCGAGAGCCGAGUGUGGUGAACUGUUUCACGCCACCUGCUAUAAUUGUAGUCACAGCGGACAAAGUGAAACGUCGAGGGAAAGCGUGAAAACUAGAGGCCGAGAGAGUCGAAACAGGACGAACUUUUCCUCCAUCUGAGCCUGGUUCUUCUCCUCGUCGUGUAACAUGGUCGUGUGUCGUCUCGUCGACAGUGCACAUCGGUAGAGAGAGAGACGCACUCGCGUAUAACCUCUUUGCUGGUUCGCGUCCACCGAAAUGUGAUUUCCGUUUAAGUAAGACAACACGCAAACACCAUCGAAGAUGAGGAACGACAUUACGGACAUGCAUACUGCGACCGCUGAUAGCAGCACGGACGCCAUAUGGCUCGAGAAAAGGAGUCCGUCACAGACGGCGCCCGAUCAAGUGUCAUUCAGUACGUCCCAAAUACAUCUUUCCGAAUCAAGGGAGGACGUUGUGCUUCGCAGAACUAAUUUUGAUAAAGUUGUCGUUAAACAAGAACACCCCGAUGAAGCGGAAAUCCGAGAAUUGGCUGCCAAAAUGGUGGAAGCAAACAAGGCGAAAAUGGUGAACGUGCCAGGGGCACAACAACAACAACAACAGCAACAACAACGGCCUGGAGCACAGACUUUUCUAACGAAUUUUCCAAGAAUCUUAAGAUUUUUUGAUAAAAGGCCGGCCGAUUCAUCAACCGGUAUCGCGACGAAACCCCUUCCGGCCGAAGGAAAAGUACCGCCCGAUGAUGAGAGUCAAAGAGGCAGAUUCGGAUGGACGAGUUUCGAUGAUUGUCAUAUACCAUAUAUAUUUCGCUCCGGCGAGAAAUACUGUGCAGUACGAAUCUUAGAAUCUAAGUUACUGAACAAGUACCUGAGCUACCUACACUCGGACAUCUACAGCUGCACGUGUAUUAGGAGUUAUUACAUCACGGAAGCUGAGAGCAAACUGUUUACUGAGAUCAAUGUGAAACAUUGUGAGAAUCAAUUCGGUAGAGAACAAUUCACUUGUAAGGACUUAGUGGUACGUCUUUCGGACGCCAGGGAAUUCUACACUUUCUUGGACGUGUGCUACACGAAAUUGACGGCAGGUACGAAUCCGAAUGUAUCUAGCAACCACAAAGCGGACAAGUGCGGUUUCAUCCGAAUAAAUAAGGAAUCCGUUGUUCCUUAUACUGUGAAAGAUGGCCUUCAAUAUGUUCCCUUGUUUUAUUUCGAGGGGGAGACUGAGAAUCUAAAGCUGAAAGCAGAAAAACUCGAAGGGUGGGACUUAUCAUAUUUGAAGUUUUGUUGCAAAGUACAGGGUAUACGCAAUGAACUGUUUGCGAGUGAGACAUGCUCAGUGAUUAGUUUGAAUGACAUUAAAAGUUAUUUCCCUCCUGGCACUGGUUUCGAGGACUAUUGGCCAACCAAAGUUAUGGACUCUCAGUUGUUAGUGAAUAGCAAAGGUGGUGGUGGCGGUGGUGGCUGGACAAAACAACCUCCAACACCACCAGCGACAAAGCCUGUUUCUGUGCAAAAUAAUGUGAACAAACCAGCAAUCGACGCACGUGCAACUCCUAUGCAUAAUAUGUUACCAUGUGGAUCGGUUGCCAAUGCGUCUCAAGUACAACGUAGUGUGAGCCAACCGAGGCCUGUUGCAACUACACAUCCUGCACAUUCUUCGCCAACAGUGCUUCCUUCUGGAAGAUCGAACAUUGUAACACAACCUAUGUUGAAUACAGUGCAAAAUGUUAACGGAUGGACUGGACUUGUCGGUGGGCAACCUACUUUCCAAACGGCACUUGUUUCUCAAGCAAAUUCCAUUAUACGAAUGCCGUCAUCCUUAAACAUGCACAAUCAAAUACCUGCGCAACCAAAAACUUAUUCACAACAAUCAAGUAGGAGUAGAGGGGGUGGUGGCAGUGCAGCAGCUCAGUACCCUGGAGUAUACCCAGUUACAACUAUGCCGACUGUUGCUCAGGCCCAACCACCCCCUCUUGUAAGAGCAACAGUCCAUUCCAGUCAACCCAAUCUUGGGGUUACAUCUACGUAUACCACACCUUCUUUAGGUGUACCUAAUGCUGUCACUGCAAGUACAUACCCUCAAAUGCUUGGUCUAAGCGAACAAGUACAAGCUCUAAUGCCAUCACCUACAUCAGCAUCCACAUUAUUACAUCCACAAAGUCAUACACCAUCUGUACAUAACACAUCUCAUGCAAAGUAUCCACCACCAUUAAUACCAGUUAAUGGUAGCAAUAAUAGUGCCAGAGAUUCUAGGGGUAGAAAACCAUUAAUACCAAUCCCAGAAACACAUAUAUCUCCCUGUCAAGUUCAACCUUAUAAAAUUCAGAAAGCACUUGUCGAAGAUAAAAUGGUACCAUGUAUUAAUUUCAAGCCAUAUAUCUACUCUGAAUUGUUGAUGACGCUUCCUGACUUCGUUGCCCAUUAUUUUCCUGCCUGUGACAUCGAUAGUUGUCGGCAAGUUCUUACGGAUGUCUUACACAUAGAUUUAUAUCAAGGAAAUAGGUUACAAAUGAAAAUGUUAAUGGUAGCAGGAAAAUGUUCAACUUUUCGCGACGAAGUACCAUUGAUACAAGUAAAAAGUAUAAUGAAAUACAUGCCCCAGUUGAAGUAUAUGUUCAUCCAUAGAGGAGACGUGGCAAUGCCGGCGCCGGCACAUUCUUCAGAGGAACACCCAGCCAAAAAGCGGCAACGCACCAGCUAGGACUGGCUACAGCCUUACUGGCCUACUUAUGACUAUUAUCAUUCGGCAUUUUAAUAAAGCCGAUCACUUUGACUCAUGUGUAACAAAACAGCAUUACCUGCUUUGAGGAAACAUAAAACACAGAUGAAUCUAUAUUGACGUCAUGUGCCAGAAAGAGUGCACGAAACCGAAGGAUUACCUUUUAUAUGCAAGGAAUCUGUGACACACUGUGAGCUACUUCUUUCUCCAAAGUGUAUCUAUUGAGACGAAAGUCUGCUUGUAAAUAAAACUGAGAUGUAUAAAACUAGUGUUGCACAGUUGGCAAUUCGAACAUUUUUUUAUAUUAAAAUUAACAACACAUUUCUUUGAUAUUUCGUUUUAAACUAAGAAUUUCGAAGCAAAAUGAAGGCAAAAACAGAAAAUACAUCGUAACUGUCGAUAAAAUCAUUCCUCAUUUUCUAAUUUCAAUUAAUUUUUCUACCUCUGCUGCAGAGUAACUUACACAUUUAGUAUUUCUUUGUAAAUAAAAUGAAAGUUUUAAUAUUAAUAUGUGAUUCGGAGAAAGAAAGUGCUGAUAUGCGAUUCAUUGAUGGAGAUAAAGUGGAGUAGGUAUAUUGUUUAAAAUUCACCUACUUUCCAUGUUGAACGGAUAUCAAAAGAAAUUUGGCAUUUGUAUAUUUAACGAAAUGGAAGUAAUGCUUCUUCAAGUUCCUAGCUAUUGCUAAUAUGUAUCCUGAUAACUAGCUGCAAAAUAAUUUUAAAAAUGUUACUAAUUCACAACAAUGAUUUAAUUGACGUAAUGUUUGACGCAAGUUUAGCCAAACCUAGUAUUUAAAACAUUAUCAAUUUUGAAUGUUGGAAAAUUCUAUUUUCUAAAGUUCAAUUGUCGAGAUCACCGUACACAGCGAUGCAGCUAAUUUUGUUCUGAUAUUGUCAGCGUGUAAAUAUUGUAUGCAUAAAAACGCAGCUUAGGAUACCGUUAAGAACAUGACACAUAUUAACAAUCAAUGAGAUAUGUAUUACAAGUACAAUCAUUCCAGAAAACGUAAGCGAUUAAUUAAUUUUCUUUUACUUUUAUUAGAUCAUACUGUUCCUUUACGUUACGCUUAAUAAAGUAUUGUUAAUUUUCUAACAAAUUUGUAGUUGAAGAUUUGUUUAUACAGAGUUGAAAACUGUUUUCAUAGUUCAGUUAAUAUUAACGGAUUCCAUGCUUGCUAAGUAUUUAUCAAUGGCAAACAUAUCUCAUGAAUGUUAAUUUUUAAUAUUGAUCUUUUUUAAAAGACUCUCAUUUGCACAAAGAAAAAUCUGUAAUUAUUCGUGAAUUUCUCGAAAUAGAAAACGGCGGAAAACUACUUGUAAGUCUGCAAAACUGACAGAUCGUAGAUUUUAUAAAACCGCCUAGAUGGUCUUCCGUUUAAAAAUCCUUCAACGAUAGUUUCGCUAUUGGAGGAAUCUCGUCUGCUACGUCAAAUUUGUAAAUAUCUCAAUUUUUUUUCAGCCUUUUAACUUUCUAGUUAAGGCAAUCAACUAAUUCAGAAUUUGCCUUCUUGCCUUUCUUCUUCACUUUUUACUACUCAACUACAUUAUCACUUUUUACUUCUGCGAAUGGUUAAAAGUGACUUCAAUUAAUUUAACAAUUCUAAAUAUCAUAUUUGUUGGUUCGCAUCCCUCAGUGUGAAAUUUUGGACGUUUUGGAUAAAGCUUCCUCUAACAGCGCGUUCACGUUAACCUAUAGCCUCGUCUCUAGCAGAUGCGCAAACUUGCCGUCUCGUAUGAAUUUACAGCCGCGUCCAAGUUAGGACAUAUCAUAUCCGAGUUCGAUGUUGGCAAGAAAUUGUUAAUUUGCGACCUCGAACCUUAUACAUUGUAAAGCGAAUUCUAUCGUCUGAUUUUUCGCGCACGCUGUGGACGCCGUUCACGAAUAUCCUGGCUCCCUAAUAGUAUCGCCCUAUUGAAUAGUCUUUUUUAUAUGAGAAAAAGAUUUCGAUCUUUUUUAUCUUGAAAUGUGAAAUCAUUUGGAAGCGAUUAUUUAAUAUAAUUUUUUAUAUUCACUUCGGGGGAAAAUAAACAAGUAGGGUACGACUAAUUAAUAAAAGUGAAAUCCAAUACGACGUAUAAGUACACGGUUUCAACUGGUCCUGCCCUCAGAAAAGAGGCUUAAAUUAGUAUUACUGACUGAUUAACUUUCACAUUCGCUAUUACUAUUUACAUAAAAGAAGCUAAGUGUGUAUAUGCAAGGAAAGGUCUGUAUGUAUAUAUGUAUGGAAAUAAUUAUAGUGAUAAAUUAAUGUUGACCAUCAUGGAUUUUCCAUAUAUAAGAAAGGCUUAGGCAUCCUGUUACGGUGGAAAUGGUAUAUUUUGUUAUUUAUAAAUUACAUUUAGUCAUAUCAUAACUUUCAAAGAUUCUAUUGCCAUUGAAAAGACUCUAUAUACCAUGGACUGGUGUCUACUCUUUUCCUAUGUUGAUAGAGGGAAACAAAAAAAAAAUAAAAAGAAGAGAAAAAAUAACACAAGAAAUUCCUACACAAAAAGUAUUCAACGAGGGGAUUUGUGCAAAAAUAUUAAAAUAAAUAUUUAAUGUUUUGCAUUUAAACAGCCUGCCAAAUUAUAGUUUCUUAUAUUUUGGUCGAAUCAAUUAUCGAGAGGUACGAACCGAUAAUCAUUUAACGAUAAUCGCUUGGUUUCACAGGCGUAGGUAUAUUAUUGUAGAUACUUUACUUUGUUUAAUAAACAAAAUAAAUUACCACUGAAGUUGAUUGCGUUGAUGUUGUUCUUGUAUUGCAUUAUCGCAUAUGCGUUGUUAUAAAUAGGUAAAUACAAUAUUUUUAUGAACGAGAAACGGAGGAGAAGUGUAUUGUAAAACAGAAUGUGAACGUAAUACACAAAUGUGAGUUCGUCAAUGAAUAUUCAAGUUCGAAGAAUUUCUUGAAUUAUUUUAGUAAUAAUUCCAGUACACACGAUACUGUACAUUACUAAUUACGCUCUAAUAAUACAAGAGCAAGUAGAAUAAUGUAUUGCUCGUAGUGUGUCUCAAAAAUAAAAGAAUAAAAGAGAGACAUGGUGAUCUGUGGGCCCAGUCCAAAAAAUUAAAACUUAAUUAUUUUUAGUAUGUUAGAUUAGAGCAUUUAUUUGUUAACACAUGUUAAAAUAAUAAUGCGUGUAUUAUACUUUACCACAUUAUCAUCUGUACAUAUAGAUCAUAAGAGUUAGAAGUACUAGACAUUUCAAAUAAAUUCAUGAUAUAAUUAA